GGCUGCUGUAUGUGCUUCUGAAGCAGAUCCAUGGGGGCAGGUGGACAGAGUCUGAUGCCAUAGGUGGCCAGUGUGAAGAUGAUGUGCCCAGCAGCCAGGAAGGUGCAGGUGAAGCAGGAGCAGAGGACAGAGUGGAUGUUCGGUACCUGCAGUGGUUAAACGGGAGGCUGAGGUUGCAGUGGUGCGCUUUGCACGCUCAGCACCAAGAGCAGUGCAAACUCCUGCACAAGAUCCAUUUAUUCACAAGUGGCUCCCACAUAGACCAGAACCUCGGACAUUUUUCUGUCACAGAAGCAGAUCUCACUAGACAACCAGAGAACUACAAGCAGCUGUUCCAGCUCCUGGAGUCUGAGACUUUGCAGCUGGAAGCCUUUCUGGAAUGGAAGCAGCUGGAACCAGUGUACUGGCAGUGGAUGGAAACCGUGUUGGAUAAUAUGGCUGAAGAGGGCAAUAUGUGUGAGUCCCAGGAUGCUCACCUGGAGAAGAGAAGGCUGCCAGAGGCGAGCUCCUGCUGUCCCUGGGCUGAGAGGCUGGCUGGACAAAUGGACAGAGCAUCCAGAGAGCUGCUGGCUCUCCAGGAGCAGCUGCAGCAGCUCGUGGCUCAGCGAAAGGCAGCGUGGUGGGAGAAGGUGGCAGCAGCAGAAGAGCUACAGAAGGAGAGGUUCUCUGCCACUGCUGGGAAGAUUCAGGAGAGUGUUGAACUGAAGCUGAGAGCUCUCCCAUGCCUUCGUGCUCCGAAGAACAAAAUGCACGGUUCGUGCCGGCUGGUGCUGAGGAGCAGACACCCUGGCAGGCAGAGGGGCACUGCUGGGCGUGUGCCCAAGCAGGCUGUGCCAGCUGUGGGCGCUGCAGAGGUGAUGAGGGAGCUGCAGGGCAGGGAGGCCAGCCUGCAGGCAGAGCUGCAGCAGCUGCGGGAGCAGUGCCGGCGCCGGCUGCAGGCGAUUGCAGAAGGCUGGGAGGGAGUGAUUUGCAUCUCCCCUUGAAGAGAGGAACCAAGCACAGGGCUGGGAGGGAGUGAUUUGUAUCUCCCCUUGAAGAGAGAAACCUGGGCUGGGAGAAGCAAAGCAAUGGAGUGGCUUGGUCACGUUGUGAGAGCUGAGGAACCAAAUGUAAUUUCUAAUUUUUUUAGCCUGGGAACCAUAACUUGUACUGGGGCCACAACCUCGGUGCUCUCUCUGCAGCUCCUUUAUUGCUAACCUUGCCAAUUAAACUCUGCAUUAGGCCUUGCUGGGAGUGUGCAUAAAUCUCCCUUUUAUCUUCUGGAUUUCUAGUUCUUCUGCCAAGCAUUGGGCUCUUUUACAGUGCUCAGCUGCGAGGCACGGCGAGCAUUCAGGCUGUGCAUUGAAGUACUAAUUGCAUUCAAUAUUUCCCAGCAAUUGGAAGAGUUCAUUAGUCAGAAAAAUCCAAGUAUUGGAGAACAUGAAAAAUACCAAGGCUUAGAGAGAUUGGAAAUGCUCAAGAAAGUGUGUUGUUUUAAUUCAGCUGCUUGCAGUAUUUGUGGCAGCUGUAAUGUAGUCACAAUAAAGAAAAACAAAUACCCAAUAAUAAAUAAAGCACUGCACUGAUUUCAUUUACUGGUGUGAUGCACUUGGAGUAAUUGGGUUCUCAAAGAGAGCAAACUAGAAACCCAUUCCAUCAGGUUAUGAGUCACAAUGAGAUGGAUAACUUAUGGAUCUGCUGUAGGAAGUUUCUGUGGUACAGAAAUACAGCCUUAACUUCCAAGCCUGAGGAGUCUCCAAGCUCUGUCUCUGAAGGCUUCUUCCCUUGGAACAGUGAAAUGCUUUUCCUUUGGCCUUAAUUUCCUCCCCUUUUCCAGUUUGCUUUCACCAAGGAAUAUUUUUAUA